AAUGCUGGGCUGGUACCUUUGGUGAUGGUUGUACAGAGACCUGCCCUCCAAAUAAGUAUGGAAUAUUUUGCGUAGAGGAUUGCAACUGCACAGCCUUUGAAAUAUGCGAUGGGGCAAAAGGGUGUAUAAAUGCUGGCAGAAGGACUUCUAAACCGUUUGAAGUUGAUGUUUCUUUCACAUCAUUCAGACACACCACAGAAGGGAACACAGUCACGUAUUCCUCUCAACAGUUUAAUAUAUUGUAUGUAUGGAUACCAAUAACUGGUGUUCUUUUUCUUGCUAUUGUCUCCUGUGGAGUGAUCGGAUGGACUAGAUAUUAUAAAAUAAGACAAAGACACAGUAAUCAAGGUCCUUAUUCUCAACCUUUACCACGUGACGUAGAAUUAAUUUCUGUACCAGAACAAGAACGAUAUGAACAGCUAAUGGAUAAUAAUCGUCCUGAUUUUAAACGCAUGCAAAAAAUCAAAAACAUUCAACAACAGAUCAGAAGUGAGGAGGAAUACCUAGAACCACUGACAUCAAAUGAUGGCUAUAUUUCUAUAGAAGAAGAACCUUGCGAGCCCAAUGAAGACAGAUAUGAGAAACCCGAGGAGCAAAAACAGGAUAAUUAUUUACAACCUGUAUCAGACGGUUACACAGUUGUUACUACGGACUUACAAUCAGUUGACAAUUUGGAAAGCACUAAGAAGAAUUACCGUGAUCAGAGAAAGAAAGCAAAUUCCAAUAGGCUUCCUCAAGAUGUUGAAGAAUUUAUGAGAACCUGCACUUCAUCCAUCUUCUCUGUGAUAUAUGCACUGCCUUUGGAAGAUGUGGAUCUAUCCAUCAUUGGACCAAGAAUGAAAACACCAUUAUCAACCUCUAGGAAGAUGAAAGAGGAAGACCCUCCUAUAACAAACCGAGUACCAUUUGUGACUCAAAGUUUGGGCCGCAACGCUCACCUGAGUCAUCUGAGUGUCCCUGUCCUCGUCAUCGGCACAUUUCCCCAUAUAUUCCAAA